UAAACUUUUACAAUAUCACCUUGUGUCUAGAUCGUCUGAGUGUUUUCUAAUGUAUGAUUUAAAUGAUGAAAAAGAAGCUCGUAAUCAACAUUGAACAAAUUUAUUGAAACAUGUGUCAAUAAAGGCGACACAUGAAAAGGUGCUUUAUUAGGUGUUUAGAUUUUGUCAGUAAGGUGCAAAACAAAUAUCCGAAAUUUAACGCUUUUAAGAGGUCUUCCGAGCUUGUCCGGUCUACCAGAAGUUACAGCGUCAGAAUGAAGCAUCAUAUAAAUAUUGUGAAAUCAGAAAAUGACAAAAGAAAUUACAGAUGGAUUAACCUUGACAAUGGUUUACAAGCCAUCUUGAUAUCAGACUUACUGGAGGGAGAGGAGGAGGCAGAUGAGGCACCUUGGGAUGAUGAGGAUGAGGAACAAGAUGGAAAUGAGGAGGAGGAGGAGGAAGGUCAUCAUGAGGAAGAAAUGGAGGAGGAAGAUGAAUGUGGAAAAGAGGAAGGGGGAGAAAAGAAGUCAGCAGCAGCACUGUGUAUUUCCAAUGGAAGCUUCUCGGAUCCACCCAAUAUCCCCGGAUUAGCUCAUUUCUUGGAACAUA